AUGCCUCUCCUCUGUUGCUGCAGGUCUCGGGCUGUGACUCAAGGAUCGCCAUCAUGCACUCUCCAGCUGCCGUGCACCCAAUCCACCACAAUUGCAGUUCCCACUACUGAAACACGGCGUCAACUGACUGAAGGUCAACCAUCCAUUCUAGGGCUUUCCUCCCAAGCGGAAUGGGAGUCGUCUCAGCUCUCGAUCGCUAACCGCCAUGGCAUAUCCAUGCCCCAGCUGGGGGCCGACGGUUCUGAAAGCGAGGACGACCUACCAAGAGCAAGGAAGAAAGCCAGUGGAACCUUUGAUGCUGUCAGAGCCAAAGUCGUUCAGCACAUUCGUCAAGGUACUAGCAUCAAACGUCAGUCGCUCGCCUCCAUUGGCAACAGCGAUGAGGAAGUCGCCCGUCGAGCCGAACUGAAACGACUCAUGCACAAGAGGAUCCAAGAUGAGCUCCAAACCGAACAAUGUGACAACAAGUCUAGCAACAAAUCAACACCCAGCAUACAAUGCAUUUCCUCUGUCACUAAUGCCGCGAUGCCUACUGCUGGGCCAAGAGACAACAUUGAAUUCGCCGUCAACACACUACCUGCCCUCGAUAGUCCGGUUUCCCUAGAGCCGGGACUCCUAUUAGCAACUACUGCACCUUACGAGGCAUCUCGACACACUACGACGCAACAGGAUGACCGCCCGGAAUCAUUGCAAAGCUACGAGAGCUACCCGGAAUCAAUGAAUGAGACUACUGGCACAGUUCGUUGCUUGCGACCUUCAAUUGUCUCCAAGGAGCCAGGUCCAGCCUCGAGGCACGUGAGCUUCCCGCAGUCCACAUCGCAAAAGUCUUUCCAACUUUCGAACAGCACUUCUCGUCUUGAUCGGAUCUUGGGACCAGAUAACAGCUUUUGUAGCCGUCGAGUUUCCUCUUCUUUGGACGGGCAAUCUGCCCUUGGAGUAUGGCUUAUCGCUCAAGGUCUGCGAUCAAGGGAUAACUCGGUAGCCCCCUUUGAAGAUACAGAGAUCGGAAAUCCCGGCACUCAGGAUUCGAGUCACGAACAGCUCAGGGGAGUUGAUAGGGUCGCAGAAGCACUUGCGUCAAGCAUUCACAGUACCAUUCGGUCUCGAACAGAACCAUCCCUCAGCCAGGCACCAAGUGUCACGGAUGAACCCAACAAGCCAGAACAAAGCUAUUCACAGGGUGGCUCCUGUCAUAGUGAUAGGGUGAAUCCAUCUCAUACCGAGGGCAUUCUGGACAGCUGCGCACUGGCCCUCAUACUGAACUCGAUGGCCGACAAUACGUCCUCGAACUACACCUCAAAACUGCCAAGUUUCCAGCCGAGUCCCGCACGCUCUGACCCAAAUUUCUACGGUCUUAACGGACAAGAUCUUCAGAGCUUUCAGCUGUCGCCUUUUGAGUGUGAGUGGCAUGGAAGCUCGCCAUUGUCCUGCGACUUUGUUGGCUCGACGGAGCAGGUCCUGAAUGCCCCCAAGGACGACCGGUUGACUGAGUUUGGGCCUUACGCCAAUCCUCAAGCGAUCCAAAAUCCGUCUCAUAUCGUAUACGACACAUGUUCUUUAUCACAUUCGGAAACCACCAGCUUCUUCCAGCGAGAGACGGAACUUCGGACAAUUCAGAAACGGUUUGCCGAAGUCUUGGCACGCAAGAAGCUUGCAUUUCCUAUCGCCAGUCGCUUCCGUGAAGAAUUUGCGGAACCUGGUCUCGGCCGAACUGGGCGGGCGUCUUUUAUCGACAAAAUCCAUCUUACCGUUCCAAGGCGAUUCAAAUCAGGAGCAAGAAGUCAGAGUGGUAUAGAGCAAGAGAAUUCAUUUGAAUCGUCUCAGACUGCCAAUUCCUAUCCAGCGCUCCGUGAGACAGAAGCAGCCCACAACAGAGAGAUGAGCAGUAAACACAAGCGACCAUCCAACCUGAGUAUUCGAUCAAACAUGCAUCCUUUAUCGCCCCAGGUGUAUCAGAUACCAGGCUCAGCGCGGGAGGAAAGUACCACGGAUUUAUGGCAACGAGCGAUCAGACUCGAGGCCGAGGAGAGACAUAGUUCGAAUUCCCAUAUCAGCCCACCCCCUCAAGAUGAAAGGGCAUCCUCGGAAAACCGCCCGCCAACUUUGAAAGUUGGGUUGUGGAGGGGAGAGAGUACUGGGAACAGUUCCUUGUCGACCAAGAACACCAACAGAGAGCCCUCUCACCUGACCCCGAAGGCCGAUGAGCUACCUGCCAAUGAACAUUCAAAAUGGCUUAUUCAACGUUGGACAACUGAAAUGAGGCCUGGGGCUCUAGGUCAUCCCGAUAGUAUUGGGAGAAAGUGUUCAAGAAAGUUGGCGAAGCCACCUAAUUCCUGGGCCAGGUUCCCAUCUCACACAAGAGAAGAAAGAGUCAAGCAUGCGACUAUAAAGGACAAUGUCAAGCCCAAAGAUUUUGCGAUAAAGGAGAUUGCCCCAGAUGGUCGAGUUCUGUGGGCCACUAACAAGGGCCUCACGGAGGAGGUACCAUGUGAUGAAGCACUAACAAGGUCUUUCUCUAUGAGAAUGAGUAAAGCUGUCAAGUCGAAGCUUACUUGGUUUCUUCCCACGAAGAAUGUGCCAGGAGACGCAGGAAAGCGCUCUUGGAAGACUCGGGCCAGCUCCCAAGGGGCGAAACAAUUGGAGUAUCCGGAACUGGAGAUUCUGCCCACAGGGUCAGGGUACAAGGAACUUCAAGCUCUAGAGAAGGAAAUCAAAAACAUGAAGGGUAGACCACAAUACCUGGCUACUGAGGAAUCCCUGGCAAGGCCAAGAUCUGUGAGGAGCCUGGGAAGCAGGAUAUCAGCCCUCAUGUAUGAAGCAGCAACAUCCAACUGCCUCGACCACGAUAAUACCCUCACUUCAGCCAAUAUUCCGAAGUCGCCAGGGACACCAGCGAGCGGAUUCCACAGUCUGCUCCAAGAAAGCGUUGCCAUGACGGACAUUUUCAUCACACCCCAGAGCCGUGUUUCCUUCGGGGUUGGAACUCAGCAAGAUCAUAACAACUCAGAUGCCGAAUCCACCAAGAGCGACCAGCCAGCUAUCGGGAGGUCACCAACAGCUGAGGUCGAUACGAAGAGUCGCCUGCGGUCCUGUACGUGGGCUGGUCAAUCUGAGACUGGAGUCCCUGAUUCAAGCAGACUGGCCAGCUUCAGGCAGGCUUUGGAUACACUCCGACAAAACGAUGGUAUGAAUGAUGGCGGUGGAUUCUUAACAAAAUCCACGUUGGCCAUCGGCAUCAAGCACAACUCAAUUGGUGAGAUGCCAUAG